AUGAUCUCGCAACGAAAUGCCACCUCCCUGGACCCCACAUCGAACAACUAUGGGAUUCCUUCGACCAGAACCAACGAGAGAAAGCUAUCAAUACUUGGAUGGAGUCCCCGUUCCACGAUGUCUAAUCCGGAUGACUAUACUGUGGGUUGGAUUUGUGCCAUAACCACCGAAUACAUCGCUGCCCAAGCUUUUCUCGACGAAAAACAUGAUGGCCCAGCUUAUCUGCCGCCUCACAACAAAAACGACUACACCUUGGGCAGGAUUGGGAAGCAUAAUGUGGUCAUCUCUGUUCUGCCCAUGGGGGAAUAUGGCGUCUCAUCUGCAGCUUGUGUCGCAGAGGAUAUGAUGCAUACCUUUCCCAAUGUUCGCCUCGGCCUGAUGGUUGGCAUCGGGGGUGGUGUGCCCAGUCCAAAACACGAUAUCCGCCUGGGAGAUAUUGUUGUCAGUAUUCCCCACAACGGCCUAGGCGGUGUUAUUCAGUAUGAUUUUGGCAAGACUGUACAAGGCCAAAGCUUCCAGCUCACAGGGUUUCUCAACCAGCCACCUACUGUCCUACGUGCAGCAGUAAGCGGACUCAAUGCUCAAUAUGAGACUGAAGGCCACGAACUCGAUGAUGCGGUCAACAAAAUCUUCGAGACGAAACCACGGUUGCGAAAAAGAUACAAGCGCCCAGAUUCUACGACCGAUCGGCUAUACCAAAGUCACGUUGUUCAUCCCCGAAACGGUGACGUUCCUUGCACUACGAGUUGCGGAAAUGAUCUAUCUAGCCUAGUUCCACGUUUUCCACGCACCGACGACGAUGACAACCCCGCAAUUCAUUACGGGCUGAUAGCGUCGGCUAAUCAACUCAUGAAAGAUGCCUUGAUUCGAGACAAAUUGGCAGCGGAAAAGGAUGUUCUGUGCUUUGAAAUGGAAGCGGCCGGGCUUAUGAACCGCUUUCCUUGCCUCGUGAUCCGUGGCAUCUGCGAUUACUCCGAUUCCCACAAGAACAAAGAAUGGCAAGGCUAUGCGGCAAUGGUCGCAGCAGCGUAUGCCAAGGAUCUUCUAUGUCGAAUUAUACCUCAACAGGUGGAGACUGAAGGGAGGAUUUUAGAAAACCUGAGGCCACGUAUAGAAUACGUGGCUGAGACCACAGGCCGUAUCGACCGGAACUUGGGUCUUGACAAGCUCCCGAAUGCGCGGGAUGCCGAGUUGGACUCAUUUAUGGAUCAACAUGAAGAUGAAUGCCUUCCAGGCACUAGAACCGAGCUUCUUGCCCAGAUCUCUGAAUGGGCUAUUUCCCCACAGGGAAAAUUCAUAUUCUGGCUCAAUGGUAUGGCUGGAACGGGGAAAUCAACAAUCUCUCGAACUGUAGGAAAAUCCUUCAAACAAUCCAAGCUCCUAGGUGCGAGUUUCUUCUUUAAGAGGGGAGAAGGGGACCGGGGAAAUGCCACGAAGCUUUUUACUACUCUUGCAAGACAGCUCGUGAUUACCAUCCCCCAGCUCCUCUUAGGUGUUCAGAAAGCCGUCAGUGAUGACCCUAGUCUUGCAGCAAAGUCGCUAAAGGAUCAGUUUGACAAUCUAAUUCUCCAACCGCUGCUCGGCUUGGAACAGCCUUCUGAACAUAUCCCGACCGCAGUGAUAGUGAUUGAUGCGUUAGAUGAAUGUGAAGUGGACAAUGACAUACGUGUCAUACUGCAACUACUACCCCGGCUACGGGAGGUGAGUGCUGUGAAUAUCCGCAUUUUCUUGACAAGCAGGCCUGAAUUCCCAAUCCGACUGGGAUUUUUAGAAGUCAGAGAUCAUGACUAUUGGAAUCUUGUACUACAUGAGAUUCCCGAGGCAGUCACAACCCACGAUAUAUCUUUGUUCUUAAAAAGCCGGCUUUCAAAGAUCAGAAAAGAACGUUUACUACCUGUUAAUUGGCCUGGAGACACGAACACACAAGCUCUUGUGACACUUUCUGUUCCAUUAUUCAUCUUUGCUGCGACUGCGUGCCGUCUUUUUGAAGAUCCCCAGUGGGACCCCAUGGAUACUAUCACCGAAAUUCUCACCAAUCGAAGUGAGGGAUCUCAACUGAAUGCAACGUAUCUUCCCGUGCUUAAUCGAAUUCUCAACAAUCAGAACGGGAAACGGAAAAUGCAGCUGCUUCAAGAGUUUCAGGAGAUAGUGGGUACAAUUGUAAUGCUUGAAAGCCCGCUCUCAGUCACUUCACUCUCGAAACUUAUUGGUGUCUCUGAGAGACUGAUUGAUUUGAGACUGAACUCAUUACACUCGGUGAUUCGUAUACCCAAAGAUAAGAACAUGCCGGUUCGGCCUUUCCAUCUAUCAUUUCGAGACUUCCUUCUUGAUCCAGAAACACGCGAGAAGACUCCACUAUGGGUGGACGAGAAAGAAGUACAUCAAAGAUUGACUUCACAAUGUAUCUCGCUGUGCGACGGCUUAAGACGGAAUAUUUGUGGACUGCCUAGUGAGGGAACUAGGCGCGAGGAGAUCAGUAUCCAGACUCUUAAUCAUUACCUCCCACCAGAGCUACAAUACUCUUGUCGUUUUUGGGUGCAGCAUCUAAUGCAAAGCAAGGACCCGCAGGCGUUGAUGCAUGACGUCUUCAUGUUUCUGCAAAAACAUUUCCUGCACUGGAUUGAAGCAAUGAACGUUCUGGGUCUUGGGUUUGAAGUUGGUGACAAAGGCGGCAAUAUUUCCGAAUUCCUCCAUGAUGCAAAGCGAUUUGUCCUCAAAAAUAGACAGAUCGCUGAUAUCGCCCCCCUCCAAAUAUAUUUCUCCGGGCUUGUCUUUACACCCAAAAUGACGAUCAUUCGGAGACAAUUUGAAGAAGAGAUCACCGAUCAGAUAUAUAUCCUGCCAGAGAUUGAGGAUGGCUGGAGUGCUGAAAUGCAGACCCUCGAGGGUCAUUCGGAUUCGGUUCGGUCCGUGGCAUUCUCUCCAAACGGGCUACUGCUGGCCUCUGCCUCUGAUGAUAAAACCGUCCUGAUUUGGGAUAUUAGCGCGGGUUCCCUAGAGCAGAUUCUUAACGGCCAUUCAAGUCUGGUUCAGUGCGUAGCAUUCUCUCCUGAUAGCCAACUGCUGGCCUCCGCUUCUAGUGAUAGGACAGUCCGGCUGUGGGAUAUUACCACGGGCACCCUACGGCAGACUCUUAAGGGUCAUUCUAGUCGAGUCCGAUCGGUGGCUUUCUACCCUGAUGGCACACUGUUAGCCUCCGCCUCCGAUGAUCAGAUCAUCCGAUUUUGGGAUACUGCGACAGGUACUAUAGAACAGACGCUCGAGGGCCACUCAGGUGGGGUUCGGUGUGUGGAAUUCUCUCCUGACGGUCGACUGUUAGCCUCUGCCUCUGAUGACAAGACGGUCCGACUCUGGGAUACUACUAUGGGCACCCUACAGCAGACUCUUAAAGGUCAUUCUGAUAAGGUUCGAUCUGUGACAUUCUCUCCUAACGGCACACUACUAGCCUCCGCAUCUGAUGAUAAGACAAUCCAGCUCUGGGAUCUAACCACAGGUACCCUACGGCAGACUCUCAAUGGUCAUUCUGAGCAGGUUCGAUCUGUGACAUUCUCUCCUAAUAGUCAACUACUUGCCUCUGGCUCCAUCGAUAAGACAGUCCGGUUCUGGGAUACUACCACAGGCACUCUAAAGCAGACUCUUGAGGGAUAUUUAGGUUGGGUUAGGUCUGUAGUAUACUCCCCUGGCGGUGGACUCCUAGCAUGCGGCUCUGGUAAUACAGUUCAACUCUGGGAUACUGCCACAUGCGCUCUGCAGCAGACUCCAGAAGGCCAUUCAGGUUGGGUUCUGUCCGUUACAUUCUCUCCUGACAGUCGACUCCUGGCCUCCAGCUCUAAUGAUCAUACGAUCCGACUCUGGGAUACUGCCACAGGUACCCUGCAGCAGACUCUCAAGGACCACUCAAGUUUGGGUUGGGUUCUGUCCGUGACAUUUUCUCCUGACAGUCGACUACUAGCGUCCGGCUCUUGGGAUGACACAGUCCGGCUCUGGGAUACUGCUACUGGAGCUCUACAGCGAAUUCUUAAGGGCCAUUCAAGUUUAGUUUUGUGCGUGAUAUUCUCUCCUGACGGCCAACUACUAGCCUCCGCGUCUGAGGAUCAGACGGUCAGACUCUGGCAUGCUGCCACGGGCUCCUUAGUACAGACUCUCGAGGGCCAUUCAGGUUGGGUUGGGUGCGUGGUAUUUUCUCCAGACGGUCGACUCCUGGCGUCCGCCUCUGGUGAAUGCCGCCUACGCUAUCCUGACGGCAGGCUGUACUAUCAAGGCCGUGUUGAUAUGACGAUCCGGCUUUGGGAUACUGUCACAGGGUCCUUAGCACAGACUCUCGAGGGCCAUUUAGGCCGAGUUCUCUCCGUGACAUUUUCUCCUGAUGGUAGACUGCUAGCGUCCGCUUCCGAUGACCAGACGAUCCGACUCUGGGAUACUGCCACGGGCUCUCAGAUGAAGACUCUCAAGAGCCAUUCAGAUUGGGUUGGCUGCGUGGCCUUUUCUCCUGAUAGUCGAAUCCUGGCGUCCGCUUCUAGUAAUAAGACGAUCCAGCUCUGGGAUACUGCCACAGGCGCCCUCCAGCAGAUCUUGGCUGUGGACGUAAUUGUCACUGCCCUAGGAUUUUCUGAAGAUGGUACAUAUCUGAAUACCGAUCUAGGAUCCUUUCAUAUCCAGUCCUGGUGUGACAACCAUACUUUCAAUUCGAUUCAGAAGAAUGUUGAGAUAUAUAUCCAAGACAGGCAGUGGGUAAUCUUCCAGGGCAAAAAAGUCCUGUGGCUCCCUCCUGAAUAUCGGCCUCGUUUCUCAGCAUUCAGAGAUAGCACUUUGGCUUUAGGACAUGCGUCGGGGCGGGUUUCAUUUAUAGGCUUUAGGGUAUAG